UUGUCAUCCCAAUCUUGUACGACUACGCAAUUGUUUACAUUCCUAUUUCCCGGAAUUAGCUGCUGCACAAGGAUGCCACACGAGGAGCUGCCGUUCUGGCUCGUCAACGUGCCUCGAGAUCAAUGGCCGAGCGAGUGUCCCGACUUCCUAAGGGACAUUAGUGACAAAGACAAGGGCAUCAUCGGGACGCCUGACGAGGAGUACAGGGUGUUGUCGUGGGACGAGGUGCGGGCUAUAGUGGAUAGCAACCGGGUAGACAAGUUUCAUCGCUUGCCAAGUGAGUUGAGGCGGUACCGGCAGUUUACGCAUCGGCUGGAGAGGGACUAUGGCAGUAUCAUGAACUUCAUUGUCAACGAGCGGCUGAAGUGGGGAAGCAUGGAGCCGGAGGGCGAGCCGUUCCAAUUUGAUGAGGACAUCAAGAUCCUGUACAACGACUGGCCGUAUGGUAUUGAUGCCGACAUUGUCCAUCUCGUCGUGUGGACCAAGUUUGAACUCGACGACGACCCCGACACUGGACUCUCUACGGCAGAAUCACACAAACAGAUUGAUGAGUAUGUGCAAAAGACGUUUGCUCCCAAAGUCAAAGAGCUGGUCUGGUUCAAGAAUUGGAAGAGCCUGAAGAGUGUGCAUGCAGUCGAGCACUUUCACGUCAUGCUGUACAGGCCGGACACAGCGUUUUUGAAGGAGGUCACCAACGGCGACGUUCCGAUGACUGAGAAGUUUGAGUAGGUGACGGAGGAUUUAGCAGGCUCGCGGGGUAUUCCAGACGGCGGCGGGAUAUUUGAAAGCCACGGGGUAUUUCAAGGAAGUUGGCAGUUGUCCUGUAGACACACUCGCGCGUCAUAGAAACAUAGAAGCGCAUCAACGGAAUGUUUAUUAGAUUGAUAGCGACGUUUGUAGAAAUGCACAAUCUGUUAUUGAUACCACC